AGAUAAACGUUUCUCUUGAUACUUGUAGUUACACUGUACUAGGUUAUAGCGAAACUGAAGUGAUUUGUUCUCAGAUUUAGACGUUUUAAAAAUAGUAAAAAAUUGACGCGACAAAUAGAGCAAAAUCAAAUAAUAGUUCACAAUAGCAUCAUGAAUUUCAAGGAUAAGGUGGUAAUAGUGACAGGCGCUAGUUCCGGUAUAGGGGCAGCGGCUGCGAUUGCCUUUAGCGCUGCUGGUGCGCUUGUUGUCAUGGUUGGCCGUAACAGUACCAAGCUCAAUGCUGUGGCCGCGCAGUGCACCAACCCUCUGGUAAUCCUCGCCGAUGUUGCUAACGAUGAUGACGUUAAACGUAUCGUAGAUGAAACAAUAAAGAAGUUCGGCCAAUUGGACGUCCUUGUCAACAAUGCCGGUUUGUCAGUUUUGGGCAGUCUUCUAGAAGGAGACAUGAUGAAGUCUUACGACGCAGUUAUGAGCGUAAACGUUCGUGCCAUCGUUUACUUGACUAACUUGGCUGCGCCGCAUCUGGUGAAGACUAAGGGAAACGUUGUUAAUAUUUCCAGUAUGGCUGGUUAUUUGUCACCAGUCAUACCAGGUUCGGUAAACUACGGUGUUUCCAAGGCCGCUUUGAACCACUUUUCUAUUUGUGCUGCUACAGAAUUGGGACCGCACGGUGUGAGAGUAAACGGGAUCUGUCCGGGACCGGUCAGAACCGACUUUUUAGUGAACGCUAAAUACCCUGUCACAUGGGAUGACUAUACAAAGAAAGUAAUUCUUGGAAGAGUAUGUGAAGCGAAUGAGGUAGCAGAUUUGAUUAUGUACCUCGCGAGUGAUAAAGCUAAGUCUAUAACGGGAUCCAACUACGUGAUAGACAGUGGUAUUAUGGUCAAACGAAGUUAAUUGAAUGAAAAUAAAUCUUAAUUUUUUGGUGUU